AUGACUUCAGCAAAACAAUUAUUUGACCGUGAAUAUACUAAUCUUGAACUAUAUCAAUUGAUAUGGCUCGAGUCAAAUUCGAACGAUCAAAGCAAUCGUAUUGAGAAAAGAAUAUCUACAGAGAACUUAAGAAGCAUUAUUGAUUAUACAAAAUUCUUUCACGAUGUCGACGAAUGUUUCGAUUAUAUCAACAAGACACAAGAUUCUAUGACACUAUUAGUUAGCACAGAUGAGACCGUUAUCGAUGUUCUUACGAAUGAUCAACAUCCUAAAAACUUGUUGGGUGUUUAUGUGCUCUGCAAUAGCGAGAAAUCUAUUCCAAAGAUAGUGCGUACUUAUACAGAUGUCGAUGCUUUAUUGAGNAGACAAUAUCAUACAGCAACUGUAAUGUUAGAUGGAAAUGUCUUAGUUGCAGGUGGGUACAAUACAACUGCUACGAACAGAGUCGAGUUUUAUAAUCCAGAGACAAGAAAAUGGACAACAAGUUAUGAAAGAAUGAAGCAUGACCGUCAUAGUCACACAGCAUCGUUGUUACCAAAUGGAAAAUUGUUGGUUGCCGGUGGAAUAUCCAAUAGUUACUACUGGAGUAGUGCAGAAUUAUAUGAGUAA